AACGGUCUCCUCCUCUGUGCUCCUGCAGUCAUGUACCUGUACCUCCUGGGCCUGGUGGUUCUCUUCUACUUGUACCGCUGGUUCAGGGAGCUGUCAAGGGUCCCUGACAAAGGCAGCAAGUAUGUGUACGUCACCGGCUGCGACUCAGGUUUCGGCAACCUGCUGGCUCGCCAUCUGGACAAGCAGGGGUUCCGAGUGAUCGCGGCGUGCUUCACGGAGAAGGGAGAGGAGGGCCUGAAGAAGUCCUGCUCCAGCAGCCUGACCACCACGCACCUCGAUGUGACGUCUAAGAACAGCGUGGACAAAGUGGCAGCAGCUAUCAAGGAGAAAGUGGGCGAGCGAGGUUUAUGGGCUGUAGUGAACAAUGCAGGCGUGUCCAUUCCCUCCGCCCCGAAUGAUUGGCUGACCAUUGAUGAUUUCAAGUCAAUGCUGGACGUGAACCUGAACGGGGUGAUCGCUGUGACCCUGAGCGUCCUCCCGCUGAUUAAGAAGGCCAGAGGCAGGGUGGUGAACGUGGCCAGCGUGUUUGGGAGGAUCAGUGCAACUGGAGGCCCGUACACCAUCUCCAAGUAUGGCGUGGAGGCCUUCAACGACAGCCUCAGGGUGAAUAUGAAGCCUUUCGGGGUCAAAGUCCUCUGCAUCGAACCCGGCUUCUUCAAAACCAACGUGACUGACAGCGCCAUCCUGAAGAGAAAUGUCCAGAUGCUGUGGGACAAGCUGCCUCAGGAGGUCAAAGACGACUACGGAGCCGAGUAUCUGCCAAAGACGUUAGAAAUAAUAGAUGAUAAAAUCCCCAAGAUGAGCGACGGGGAUCUGAUGAAGGUGGUCGGCUGCAUGGAGCACGCUGUGUCCGCGGUCCGGCCCCGCACCCGCUACUCCCCGGGCUGGGACGCCAAGCUCUUCUGGCUGCCGAUGUCGUACAUGCCCUCCUGCCUCUCUGAUUACAUCUUCAGCCGGCAAACCUGUCCCAUCGCCAAGAAGCUAUAAUAGGCCGUUCUUCUUUUUGUGGUAUUCAUGUGUGUAACUCUUACACAACAUUUGGAUGGGAAACAGUUGUGCAUUACUUCUGUGAUAUAAACAAUUUAACCAACUGA